CAAUUUGAAGGAAUGACUGUUUUCCUUCCAAAUGGUCUGGGUAGUAGGGGAGACUACUAGUAGUGACUUACAUGAGACAUGUUGGGACCCAGAUAACGGUUUACUUUUAUAUACAAGUCCAGUUCAAAUUGGCACGGGAACCAAUCAAACCUCCUUCGAAUCAGUGGUAAUGAUUCCAAUUAUAAUAUCACACCCUAUCAUCCACUGGCGGAUGGUCACGAGUGUACUCUUCUUGUUUCUCUGCUCUCUCUUUUGUCAUCCCCCUGUAGGCACGCGACAUGUCAUGCGCCUUCAUAUAGUCAUGCGCUCACAAAGAAGACAUGCGUCUCAGGCAGUUUCUCUCCGGAACGGGAUCAUACAUAUAGCCCAGUUAAUCCUUCGGAAUCAUAUCUGUACUAUCUCCCUCUCCCAACAAAGGCUACAAUCAUGUCCUUCAGAGAGAAAAUCAAAGGCGUAGGUGGCGACGCGUUGUACGAGGUAAAGGCUCGUAUUUUCCAGGAACAACUUGAAGCCAAGAUUCCAGCAAGUCUCAGACUCCCACCAGCCAUUCUUGAGGAUCCACCUCUUGAUGUUACUCACAUCCCUGAGACAUGUGGCUUGCUCACCCCCCAAGAGCUGGCUAUUACCGAGCUAGAUGCAACCGCCGUGUGCCAAAAGAUCGCCGCAGGCCAGCUGACAGCAGUCGAUGCUGUCACUGCCUUUGGAAAGCGCGCAGCUAUCGCCCAUCAGCUCACAGCCUGUCUCAUGGACUUCUUCCUCGAUGAAGGCAUAAAACAAGCGCAGCAGCUGGACGAGUACUUCCGGAAAGAAGGCAAGGGCAUGCUCCCGAUCAAGGGGACAGUUGGAUCUUCAGGCUUCCUCGUGAGCAUCGAGACUUCGACGGAAGACUGCGAUAUGAUAAGAAUUCUGCGUUCACUAGGCGCAGUCUUCUAUGUCAAGACGAAUCAGCCGCAGACUCUGAUGCACCUUGAAUCUAAAUCUACCUAUGGUCGGGUGUUAAACCCCCACAAUACCGACCUUACCGCGGGAGGAUCUUCUGGUGGUGAAUCAGCACUUGUUGCCAUGAAAGGUUCUUGCAUAGGUGUGGGCACCGACGGUGGGGGAUCAAUUCGAUGCCCGUGUGCCCAUUGUGGCAUAUAUGGAUUCCGUCCAUCCUGUCGGACGACGCCCCUCCAUGGGGUCCUGUGGUAUCAACCUGGCCAGGACGGAUUUUAUAGUUCCGUGGGUCCAAUGUGUCGCUCAGCAAGAGACAUGCGACUCUUCCUCGAAGCUGUCCUUGGAGCCAAUCCUGCACUCCAGGACCCAGACGCAUUGCCCGUUCCACUGAAAGUGCCAGACCUGACCCAGAAGAAAUUGCAGUCACUGAAAUGGGCGAAAGCAAAGCUUGAAGCCUCAUCAGAGGUUGAGGUAGGGGACUACACUCCAUAUGACCACGACCGCGGAUACAGCAUAGUUCGCGCGCUCUACUUUGAGGAUGGAGGAGCUACAGUUCGACGCCUUCUGAAGGAGGGUGGAGAAGAGAUGCUCCCUCUGACAGAAUGGGUCAUUAGUCCACCACACGUGAGAGAUCACGAUGCUGCGCAAGUUUGGAAACUGCGUGAUGAACGUGAUAAUUAUCGGAGGGAGUACUCUGAUCACUGGUGGUCCCAAAACGUCGAUGUCGUCUUGUGUCCACCCUUCCCAGGCACAGCCAGCCGUCACGACACUGCUAAAUACUGGGGCUACACGGCCAUCUGGAAUCUGCUGGACUACCCGGGGACAGCUUUCCCGUCAGGUCUCGUCGCUGACCCAGCCAUUGACAUAUAUCAGGAGUCACCCAGCCCGAUGAGCGCGGCAGAUGAGUACAACCUCUCCCUUUAUGAUGCAGCGGCAUUUAAAGGGGCCCCCGUAUCACUGCAGAUCGUGAGCCGCAUAUUUAACGACGGUUUAGUGUUGGCGGCACAGGAAGUAAUUGAACGCAUACUCAAGUCUUAGGCACGUGAGGGGUGUCACAUUCAAUUUAUCCAGCUUUCCGGUACCAACGUUCUUAAACGCAAUAACAACUGAAAUACAUCCUUUCUGCCUUGACGUAUCCAAUAAAUGUAGUCGGAGAGCAACAGAUCAGCAAGAUACAAGCCAGAACUAAUAAGCCUAGUCAGAUGAACUCAAAAUGUAGGGC